AUGUAUUGCUUGCCUCUGAGGAAAAACUCGAAUGCAUAUGAAGAUGAAAAAAAGCUAUCAUCUUCAUCUGACGAAAGUCUACAAUAUGAUAAAGUUCUGGCAUCUAAGGAGUUGAAAAUUGACCAACUUGAAGCUGAAGUUUUGAAGCUAAAAGAUGAACUUGGACAGCGAGAUCGCGUCUAUGAUGAGAAAGUGCUGCAACUCUCAUCCCAACUGUCUGAAGUGCUUGGUAACAUUGAAAUUCAUGCUAAAGCACUGCGGGACUCAACGAUGAUGACAAAGACGUCCUCGGAUGCAGAAGGGGACGGGAAUCUCCUAGACUCUUUACAACACGAACUUAAAGGUUAUCGAGUGCAGUCACAGCAGUAUGCGCGCACAAUCUGCGCGUUGGAGCAGCGAUUGCUGGAAUUAACAAGAGAGGCCAGGGAAGCACAGGCUGAAGUAAUUAGGCUACGAUCUGAAAAUAAGCUGAAUGAGAAGGAUCUUUUCUCCCAGGGAGUACAAACGGAAGCCGAUACCAGAAUGAUAACAAAAUCAGCCCUGAAUAGGCACGAUAAAAGAUGUGAAUUAAUUGAACUCAGAAACGAAGUUGAUGCUUUGAGCACACUUCGAGCUGACCUAAGUAAGGAAAUUCAGCAGCUUCAAGCAGAGAAGAUGAUAGCUGAAGCAAAGGCCACUGAUAUUGCUAGCACAUCAACGGAGAAGGCAAAGGAGGAGGAGACAGAAGCUGCCUUUGAGAUAAAUGAAGAGCUUCAGAGUCAAUUGAAUGUCGCCAAAAGACAGAUUGACGAACUAACUGACACAGUGAAGAAACUUAAAAGCCAAUUGGCAGACAAGGAGAAGGCUCUGAUGUGA